GAACUUCUAACCGGAACAAAACUUCCGGAACCAAGUAUACCAACACGGUGGCCCAGAUACCGUUUUGAGCUGCUACAUAAAUUGAUUUUUACACGACUUUCUUAUAGCGGUUUACUUCUUUGUUAUAAAAAAGUUAUUUUUUCCCAACUCCUGAAAUAUGGCUGGGAACUUCUGGCAGAGUUCGCAUUACCUGCAGUGGGUUCUGGACAAGCAGGACCUAAUAAAGGAACGGCAGAAAGAUAUGAAAUUCCUCACAGAGGAGGAAUACUGGAAAUUGCAGAUCUUCUUUGCCAAUGUCAUCCAGGCCCUGGGGGAACACCUGAAGCUGAGGCAGCAAGUCAUUGCCACGGCAACCGUCUAUUUCAAACGCUUCUAUGCCAGAUACUCACUGAAAAGUAUAGACCCUGUGCUCAUGGCUCCCACAUGCGUGUUCCUGGCAUCCAAAGUGGAGGAGUUUGGCGUGGUCUCCAACACCAGGCUGAUCUCUGCUGCUACUUCUGUGUUGAAAACCAGGUUCUCUUACGCGUUCCCAAAGGAGUUUCCCUACAGAAUGAACCAUAUACUGGAGUGUGAAUUCUACCUGCUGGAGCUGAUGGACUGCUGCCUGAUCGUGUUCCACCCGUACCGGCCGCUGCUGCAGUACGUGCAGGACAUGGGGCAGGAGGACAUGCUGCUGCCUCUGGCCUGGAGAAUAGUGAACGACACAUACAGGACAGAUCUCUGCCUCCUCUAUCCUCCAUUCAUGAUCGCACUUGCCUGUCUGCACGUGGCCUGUGUGGUGCAGCAGAAAGAUGCCAGGCAGUGGUUCGCUGAGCUGUCAGUCGACAUGGACAAAAUCCUGGAGAUUAUCAGGGUGAUCCUUAAGCUUUACGACCAAUGGAAGAACUUUGAUGACAGGAAGGAGAUGGCAUCAGUGCUCAGCAAGAUGCCGAAGCCCAAACCCCCCCCCAACAGUGAGAAUGACCAGAGCUCCAAUGGAAACCAAAACAACUCCUACAGCCAGUCAUAGUAAGAUGAAGGGGGACUGCUAUUGACAUCACACAUCCACAUUGUGACAUCAGAGGGAAUUUCACACAUUGCAGUGCACUGAAGCAACCUCCCCUACCAGACUGAAACAUCCAUCUCCUCCCAUGUGCUGAUUCAUCUAAUAGGAAGCAGGGGUCAAGGUUAGAGGGAGAUAGGAAUGGGGGGAGGGAGAGAGAAAUGGGGAAGAGGAGAGGAAGAGAUAAAGAUAAUUGAAGGAGAUGGGGAGAAAUGAGAGAGAGAGAGAGAGAGAGAGAGAGAGAGAGAGAGAGAGAGAUAAAUAAGGUGAAAAGAGGUGGGACUGAAAGAAGGUGUUAUAAUUACAAUGAUGAUCCUGACUUCCUUGACAUGUUUCAGGGGUUGUUAUUUGCUCUGUGGGACCAGAGAACUUGAUCAUUAGUUGUGUGUGUGUCACAACACUCCCAUGUAUGUGCGUGUGUGUGUGUUUGCAACAAUAAGUAGGUGUUUUUAUUCCUCAGGGAAAAAGAAGUCCUUAGUUGUGGAUGAAGUCCAGUGUGGUGGGUGUAGAGCUGGGAGGUCCAGGUGACAUCUUGACUUAUACUUCCCCUGUCUGGCUGUAAAUGGCCUUACUCAUUUUAUUCCUUGUUUGCUUUUUAUUUUAUGGAGCACACGCUCUAUGAAAAUUAUGUAAUACUGAAAUGUUUUGUUUACUGUGAAGAUUACAUCAACAGGCAGGGUUCUAUGUUGUUUUUCAGUUCAAUGAUUUUCCUCAUAUCUGACCAGCUCUAACCCUUACUGGCCAGGAAGGGUCCAAUUUAUCUUUUCUGUGGAUUUGUUUUUUAAAUCAAAAUGAAUUAUAGCAAAUGUGUUUGUGUAUAUUACCUGUUGAUAUAUUUUAGUUUGGUGAUACUUUGAGAGUUUGUAUGUGUGUUCCUGUGUUUGAAUGCCUUACAGAAUAAAGCUGCUGGAUUCAAAUGUA